UAUUUUUAAAAUCAUAUAGUGCAAGGAUGAUGAAGAACCAAAUAGGAAGGAUUUCUUCAAGGCAACUCAUUAUUCAAAUGAAAAAGGAUGGACAACUUCUGAGGCACAAGCAAAAUAUGAGAAAAUGGUGGAGUUGCAAUCAACUCCAACUGAAGAAGGAGCAGAACCUAAGAAUAUUGAUGAUAUAAUGGAUGAGGUACUUGGUACUAGAUCAGGAUACAUUCAGGGGCUUAGAUAUGGGCCAAAGCCUAAGAAAGCAAAUUCAAGUGCAGAUACAAUCGAGUUAAAAAAGAGUUUGAAGAAUAAAGAAGAUGAACUUAAUAACUAUAAGUCAAAUUUUGAAUUGAUUCAAACUCAAAUGGAAGCUAUGAGAUCUGCUUUGUUAGCUGUUGGAAUUCAAGUGCCAUCAAUUCAAUUUUCAGCAUCAAAUGAUACCACGAACACAACAUCAACAAAAUCACAACCGACUCAAGGUUUGGAUUGAGAUUGCUACAAUGAAAUAUUCCAC